GUUACGACGCUUUCAAAACCCAAGAAAUCGUUUUUUUCAAUCUGGGUAAUUGUAUAGAAAACGAGGGCAUAGCACCCUUAAACAACGGGGUGAUCAAUUUAAAAAUGUCGGGAAGCAACGAACCUAUAGAUAUCUACUAUUUCCCUCCAAGUGCUCCAUCGAGGGCAGCUCUGAUGCUCAUAAAAGCUCUCGGUUUGAAGCACAAUGUCAAAACUGUCGUUUUGCCAAAUGGUGAACAUAUGAAGCCCGAAUUUUUAAAGCUGAAUCCUUUGCAUACCAUACCUGUUAUUGAGGAUAAUGGCUUUACUUUAUAUGAGAGUCACGUUAUAAUGAAAUAUUUGGUGGAUGUAUAUGGAAAAGACGACAGCUUAUUUCCUAAAGAUCCCAAGAAAGGAGCCAUUGUAAAUUUAAGAUGUUACUUUAGCGCGUGCUAUCUAUUUCCGAGAUUUGCUGAAUAUCACGAGAAUUACAUUUUUGGAGAGUAA